CAAAAAAUGAAAUAUUCCAGGUUCGCACGAGCGUUGAAUUCCAAUUCACCCUUUAUAUUUAUUUCACGACAACACAUUCUAUAGUUAAUAUUAUUUUGCUCACAAUGCAGUUGGAAUCCUGCUCGGACAUACUCUUGCGGUGCGGUAUCGAGAUGUUCAGCGACAAGGCGCCCGCUCUGCACACGUCAACGGCGCUUUUCAGAUACAAGCUUAGCGAGGCGAUCCGGCAAAACGCCCAAGUGUCGCAAGUAGUGGGCGACUGCAUCGAGGGUCUGCUGGCAUCGGAUAGCAUCGCUCUUUACCUUGACCCAGUGACACAGCCGCAGGAGGACCAAGUGCGAGGUGUGUACGGUCAACCAGAAAGCCUUGUGCGGCUGCUUCUGGGCGUCGACAGUUUGCAGUCACGGCUGAUCGGCCUGCUUCUGGACAAGUUUCCUGAGUUCAUUGGGACUGAAGAUCAGCAGGCCGCUGACGAAACCAAGACGUCGAUCAAGGUGCUCCGGCAGCUGCGCUGGCUCGACUACAUUGUCGACUCGGCCGAACUGACAGAGAAGCUUCUGGAGACACUAGGGUUUGUGCCGGCCGAGAUGCAGAGCGAGAUUGUGUCGGCGCUCCCGGACAUUAUCUCGGACUCGGACAACACUGAGGUGUCCAAGGUUCUGGCUGGCAUGCUGAGCGAUACACCCGAGCUUAUGCUGCCGCUGCUGGAGACGCUUGGCAGCCUGAACUGUGGGCCGGUGCUGCUGCAAGACGCGCGCAGCUCUGUUAUUGGCCAUCUCAUCUCGGCCGAGCCGCUGGAUCUUCCGGUCAUGGUCAAGUUUCUCCUGCACUCCGUCACAAGCGAUGGCGCAGCGUCGCUGAUCUCGCGCAUCCGCAAGAGACUUGAUCUGGACUGCAUUGUGCUCGCGUCAAAAGGCGGCGGCAAAGAUGUAGCGGCGUCGGCGAACCACUCUCCGGACGUGCUUAUCUUCGACGUAAUCGCCACCAGCUUGCGCUCGCACAAGCACCUGCGGGAUGCCUGGCUGCGCGUCAUUGCUGAGGACACAGACAAGGUGGGCACACACACAACGCUGGACUUGGUGGUUCUGCUGAUUCUGCACCAAAUACCCGCGCACACACGGCGUGUCGAGACGCUUCUGCGCGCGAAGAUCGACUCAACAGUUUCGGGCUGCGUGGCGUACACGCCGGUCCUGUUCGAGGCCGUCAUUGCGCGGUUUCCGGCGGUCUUUUCGGCGCACUUCCCAGCGCUGCUGGCCGUGGGCAGCUGGCUUGUCCGCACGAGCGCGCUGGGCAGCCAGGGCAGCCGCGUGGCGGCAGGCAUCCUGGCGGCAGCGUUUGCAUGCAUGGGCAUGUACCAGCGGCAGGAGAUCGCCGGCGAGCUGGCUGUGCACAUCGGCAGCGGCAGCGCUAACGAGAUUGACACGGCAGCGCGCAUCUUUUUGCGGCUGGCGCAGCGGAACCCAUGCGAGCUGCGGCCAUUCGCAGUCUUCAUUAAAGGCCUCCUGGACUAUGUCGACAAUCUGCCGCUGGAGCACGUGCGCGUGAUCUUUGACUCGCUAGGCAUUCUCUCGACGCUGGGCCAGGGCGGUGCAAGCGACAGCAUAUUCAGCGACCUGUACAUUUUUGUGCGCAAGCAGCUGGCCAGCGUGUACCCCAAGUACAACCGCAUCGGCAUCGUUGGCACUGUCUCGCUGCUUCGGCAGCUGGGCGCACCCGAGCAUACGGUGGCCGACUCUGCGACUGCUGGCAGCUCGACGCAGGCGGCGUCGGCAGCGUCUAUCAAUCUGCAAGCGUUGCGCCGUGCCGUGCAGUUGUUAGAGAUGCUGAUGGACUCGGCGCGGCACCAGUCGUGGGCCUUCGUCUCGAUGACCUACGACGAGCUCGCGCACAUUGUCGAGACCAGGGGCCUGCACGCGCAGCUGCUGACGUGGCUGCACGAGAAUGUGUCGUCGACGUUUGCCACGCACUUCUUGGCCGACCCUGAUUUGCUCACGGAGCGCUACGGGCUGCAAAGCCCGCCGGCGCCGGCGCUGUGGCUGGACGAGGAGGAGCCUACAAUUCUGGACAUCCUCAACCACAAUGGUGACGCGCUGCAUUUAGACGGCGACAAGGCAGAGCAGGGCGUACCGCGACUGCGCGGCUGCCUGCUGUCCUGUCUGCCGUCACUGCUGAGGCUUAUCCAGGUAUGCGAGAAGGCGCUGGGCGAUGGGUCUCUGGGCGAGAUCGACGCCCUGCUGGUCUGCGGCCUGUACAUUCUGCCCCCAAUCUCGCCCACGGGCACGCACCGCCCGGACGACGCCUCCGACGACUGCUCAGCCAUGGUUGCGGGUUCGACGCUGGCCGAUCCCACCGAUCAGCGCAGCGACCUUAUUGUGCACGCCAACACAUGGACUGCCGAGCUGCGGCUUACGCUGUGCUCGUCGCUGUAUGUGGCAGUCAAUUGGGUGCGCGAGCUGAUCAACGCGUUUGCCGACCAGCACUCGGCUGAGAUCCUUACGCACGUUGCGCGGCGCGCCAACCAGCUGCCGCAUAUUGAGGCCAGCCUGAUGGCUAUGGCGACAUCGCUUGCUGGGUCGCCACAUGAAUUCCGCCCGAUGGUCAGCGGCCUGGUUGCUGAGCUCGCUGACGCGCCCAGCAUGCGCACGGUGGACGGCGCAUCGCUGAGACUGAGUCGCCCCGAGUUAAUCAGCGCUCAGGGAUCCAACUUGGCCGACCACACGCACACGAUGGACCUUGGCGGGCUGCUCCUCUCGCAGGAUGACACACGCAAACUCAUUGACGGCACCCAACCAUUGCUGUUGUCACCGUCCGGGGUGGAUUCUGCGGCAGCGAAGCGUGGGCGCAGCAAGCGCAAGUUUGGCGCAUCUGCCGCCGCCGGCACUGCGCAUGCUGGUGCUGCCAGCACCGGGGCAAGCGAUGAUUUCUGUAAAUCGCCGCACGUGUAUCUGCGUGAGCUUGGGUUCUCCGCCUUCCGCGUCUUGCUCAUUGGCAGCAGCGACCUCGAUGCACCCAGAGCUCUGCUGAGUGCGCCGGCCUUGGCUCUGGUCGUGCGCGAGCUCGGCUCCAUCCUGGGCGUCAAGCUCGUGCGCCAUACUGAGAACAGGCGCGGCUUUGGCGUGCGCGCGCCCACCCACUGCAACUUGGCAACGUUCGGCUCCAACACGUCGGCCAGCUCGGCCAUACAGAUUGUGGCCGGUCUUUUGCCGCUGCUGCCGGCGCUGCUGCGCUACUUGGCGGGCUGCUUGGCGGUCAGCGCACAGCACCGCGACAACAUCCAGAUGGGCGCCGCCCUGGACAGCGCCAACGCGCAUCGCCGGAUUAUCUUGGACGAUGAUGGCGAUUUGGACCAGAUUGACCAAUGCAUCGACGGACUAUUAGGUGUGAUGUCCUCUGUGAUGCACUGGGACGGCUUGCAAAGUGGUGCAGCAGAAACAACAGCCAUUCUGGGAGUACUGGCCGCGCAAGGUGGGCACACAGAUAUGGCCGAGCUGAAGGACCUAGAACCCAACGCCCUGGUCCGCCGCGCCUUCGACUAUCUCUGGUCGCUUACCUCGCUGAUGCCCACAGCGCAGCACAGCACUAUUUUGCUGCGCAUUCUCAUUGGCGCGCGCACACUAUCCACCCACGAAUCCACUGCUGCUGCCGAGGAAGCCAGCUGCUUGUCCGAAUCAGAGCGCGACGAAUCUAUGGACGGGUGCAUCAGCCGCCUGGCGCAGAACAUUCUGAAUUACUCAGACAAUGGAGUGAAACCUGUGGAUCUAGAAUACGUGAUUGCUCAGCAUAUACUACGGUACCCGCACAACCGGCUGGAUCUCAUCCACCGGUACGCCACGGAGACGCUCCCCGGCUUUUUAUCCGGCCAAUCAACCGAAACAACGCGAGCAACGUUCCCAACAUACUACAAGGCUGUCCUGCAUAGUCUCGGACAAACCAUCAAGACCACGCUAUGGUCACAGUCCUCGGCGCUCCUCUACGCCAACCGCGUGGCGGAAAGCUGGCUUUCUCUGAAUAAGCUUACGCAACAGCAACUGGAUCCGCAACUCCAGCGCACCAUCCUCCAUUUGGCACUAAAAUCCGGUCACACGCUGAUAGACCACAUAAUCAAGCUCAUUAUGCCCACUAUGGACUCACUCUUCCUGCUUCACAGCGAGAGUAUCCUAGCUAUAUUCAAUCGAAUCCAGAAAUCCACACGGAUAUUGCAGAAUAUAUGCAACCACUCCAAGGUGGCCAAGGACACAAAGCUGCAACAGGUUGUGCCACAGAUCAAGAGAAGGCUGGAGCAGAUGGUGUUUUUGGUGGUGGCAUUUAUGGAGAACAACUGCUGCAGGGAGGCUGUUAAUUUGGGGAAUUUGAAACAUCGCGAUAUCAGAGGCCAGGUUGUCAGUUCGCAGAUACCUAGGAUGGAAGGAUCCUCUGAAGACGAAGGAAUGGAGGAGGAGGCAGAGAUGGCCGGGAUAGCAGAGAUGGCUGGGAUGGCUGGGAUGGCUGGGAUGGCUGGGAUGGCUGGGAUGGCGGAGAUAAUGGACGUGGAUCGAAGGGAAACAGAGCUCAGACUGAUCAAGAGAUAUCAGUCGAGUGACAAUAUUUCUGGCUCUGCUGUUGGAGCCAGCAAGAAGCAGGCUAACCUUGUCAAUCGCAAAAAACAGCUGAUUCAGCGUAGGGAUCGGAGGGCGAUGGCCAUGAGGAAGGGAAAUAUCAGGCACCGAAACAAUACACAUGACGCCGAGGAGGAGGAGGAGGAGGAGGAGGGGGAAUAAUAUAUAUAUUGUCAAGGGUGUAGAUGUUUAUAAUGUUUACAAAACAAAUUAAAACAUUCGAGAGACCCUAUUUUCGUAUUCCGCUCUCCUAUUUUUUAUUUUAGUUGUUCCUUGCAACAUCAAAAUUCACCUUUGUUGAUACUUUCUGCUUAGAAGGAUGUUUGGUUCAAGCGGUGUUCUAAAAUUCAUUUUUUAUAUUUACCCUCUUUGUAUUCUCAACUUUGUAUCUAUUAAACAAGCGAUAAUAAAA